UGUCUCUCUUAAAUCAUCUCCCGUUCUCUUUUUAAAGUAACUGCGCAAAGGUGAAUGCAGAGCAGAAUGGUGGGGAUAGAAAGGUUCUUGAAUUUGGAAAAGAGAAAGCUCGACUAGUUACUAAAACGUAACUAAAUUAUGCUUGAUUAUCGUUUUAGUUGUUGCAUGUGAGCAGAGUUGUGCAUGUGCACAUCCUACAUUUAACUGAUCAAAAAAUUCGUUAUGCAGUAUUAUCUUCGUAAUAAGUAUAUUGUUACGUUUAAUAUAUUAAAUGACGAAAGGAUGAAUUAUUGCAUCUAAUGUAUGCAUCAGUAUGGAUCAGUGAUUUUGCGUGAUGUUCCGUUCAAUUAUAAGAUUUUAAUGUCUUGUUUAAAGAACAAACGUGUAUACUAUCCAGAGACUAAUUAUAUUUCAAGACAUUAUAUUAUGUACCUACUUAUAUCGUUGCUAAAUUAAGUUAAAUGUAAUUGUAAAAAAAAGUCUCUUUUUGUACAUAAACACUACAAGUAUAAUGGCGACACCCACCAAUGGUAAUGGUAACCUUAUUGACGAAUUCGAGGAAGCAUUCCAGCAAUGUUUGAGUAUAUUAACGGCAAAGGACGAGGGAUUAGGAAACACUGGGAUUGGAAUGUCUGGUGGUUUGACUGUGGAUAAUGAGGAAGCUUGUAGUGAAGUCGAACAAGUCACAUUGAGAUUCAUAGACUUGGCGAGGCAAAUGGAGGCCUUCUUUCUACAGAAGAGAUUCUUAUUAUCUGCAUUAAAGCCAGAACUAGUAGUUAAAGAGGAUAUUAAUGAUCUUAGAGUAGAGUUAGCACGAAAAGAAGAUCUGAUAAAAAGACACUAUGAUAAGAUUGCAGUGUGGCAAAAUUUGUUAGCAGAUCUACAAGGCUGGGCUAAAUCCCCAGCUCAAGGUCCAGCACCUAAUGGUUUACCAAAUGGUACUCAAAGUGGGCAAAAUCAACAAACCACUAAUGGAGGAGGGAAUACAACAAUGCAACAACAACAACAAAUAAUGCAACAUCAACAACAGCUCCAGCAGCAACAACAAUUGCAACAUCAAAUGCAACAUCAAAUGCAGCAACAACAGCUUCAUCAGCAACAGGUGCAGCAAGGCUCUGGCAAUCCUCCUACAUCUAGUCUUCAGGGAGUUGGUGUUUCAGUUGGACAACAGGGCAUGUUCAUGACGCAAGGAGGUGUAGGCGUAGCUGGUGCAAGAGCUGGAUUUCCUGUUGGAGGUGUAGGAAGUAGUGCUCUUCAGGGUCCAUUAGCUUUUCUGGAGAAGACAACGAGCAAUAUAGGAAUGCCGGAAAGGCGGAGUUGACGCGGAAGGGGGAGGGGCCGGGGUCGGGGUCGAGGAAGAGGCCGAGGAAAAGGACGUAGCGCAGGAGGAAAUCUACCUCCACCACCUCCGCUCCUCGAUACUUCAGACCCGUCGUCGUAUGCUGCUGCUGCCGCAGUCGCAGCUGCUGCGGCAGCGCCCCUUCCCUCUCCUCAGCAGCAGCCUCCACCGUCUUGUACAUGAACACAAUUGCCGCAAUUUAUUUACAAUGUUGCGAAGUACUGUCCCUACGUCUGAAAUCCUUGUGACCAUAGACUUUCCUCAAAAAACGAUGGAUUUCAUUUCUGUUAUGCUAAAAACCAUUGACAAAGUAUCUCUCUGUUAAUAGCGCUUGUACAUUUUAUUGUCUUUUUUUAAGUCAGAAUGAAUAGAAAUAUUUCCUAAUAUUUACGUAUUGUAAGCUUAUUGAUAGUUUUCAAUAACUGCAUUGUAUCAAAAAGAUAAAACAUUUUUAAAUAGUAAUCUUUAAAGAAAUGAUCAGAUUACGUUAAUUGAAGUGAAUUGACAUACAACGGGAAUUGUUUUUACUAACGAAAAGCGUAUCAAGAAGUCCUCAGCUGUGAAUCAAUUUUCAGUCUAAAAGCAUGAAGUUGUUGAACAGCACUUAAAAACUCAGAGAUGCUAAUAUCAAUGCUGUCUAGCAUAAGAAGCAUUAAAGUGCUUCCUUAACUUAAUUUUAAAGUUGUGUUGCAAUAAUUGUGUGACAGUUAUACAAAAAUAUGCGUGAUGGAAGAAACGUGAAUGUGGAGUAUUACUCAGUUUCUGUUACAAUUUGUUUGUUUAUUUGUGACUUCUGCGAUUCUUUUUAUAUAAGUAUACUUUGCAUUAGUCUAUGUAACGUAAUAACUCAUAAGAUUAUGUAAAAUAUAAUGCGCCCACGGAACGAUGAUAUUCAUUUUAAAAGGGUAAGCAACGAAAACUGUACAUAACAAAAUCGUGUGUGUAAGUGAAGAAGAGUAACAUAAAGAUUCACAUGUACAUAGAAUUAGAGGCACGAGUUUCCAUACAAUAAAUCUUGUAUUUUAUUA